AUGAGCCUCAUCGAUGCCGUGGACACUACAGUUCACGCUGCAAAGCAGAUACAAAAGGAUAAAACAGCGACACUGGACUGUGUUGCGAAUGGAAUGCUAGUAAGUCUAGCAAGAUCCCGUCUGGAUUCGGAAACCGCAUCCAGGCUGGAGGAGAGAUUAGACAUACAUCGUGUCUACACUUGGACAGAAUUCAAGGAAGAGUUGGAGAAGCGAGCCAACCAAUUAGCGUGCCGAACCGAUAUCGACGAAUCGAAAUCGCGCAACACCAAGACGGUAGCAGCAGCUGCCAUCACCCAACCCCAGCGUAGGGAAAUCAAAACGCAACCGCAAUCCUGUUUCGCGUGCAAUGAGAAAGGGCACGCGAUCUGGCACUGCACCGAAUUCAAAGCGCUGCCUGUACCGCAAAGAUGGGAUAGGACCAAAAGAGCCGGUCGGUGUUUCAAUUGUUUGUCUUGGGGACACUCCGUCCAAAAGUGUUCAUCCAAAAAGCGGUGUUCAGAAUGCGGAGAAGCACACCACACAUUGCUACAUCCAGUGGAUGCGGUUCCAGAGAAGAAGCCAGCGGCUGACCCAGCCGUUGUGGCCUCAACCAGCACCGAGAUCAACAUUAAAGGUGCGUCCGACUGGUAUCGAGUUAGGUGCCUAUUGGACUCCGGUAGUCAGGUGGAGUCUAUCACGGAAGCAGCCGCGCAGACUCUAGGACUACCGUACGCACGGAGCGACGUGCAACUUGUUGGCAUUGGCGGAAGGGUCAAUGCUUCCAGAAAGAUUACAACCGUAAUCUCCUCCAAAUGCGGAAGCUUCGCUAUGGAGGUAAGUUUAGUUUUGGUUCCGCACCUUUUAGACGACCAGCCCAGCAUUCGGCUGGAAGCGAAGGAUGUGAGUGUUCCGUCAAACAUUGAGUUAGCGGACCCCACAUUCUACAAGAGAAGAGGCAUCGAGAUUAUACUCGGUGCCCGAGUACUAUUCCAGAUUCUGAGCCCCAGACAAAUCCAAUGUACAAAUGGCCCGAAUCUUCAGGAGUCAGCCUUAGGCUGGCUUGUUGGCGGACUAGUUUCGCUACGGUCAACCCGGAAAGCAGUAAUGACUGUUGCCACCGUUAGUACAAAUGAGAUCCAAGAAGAAGAGGACCCCGAUGGGAAAUUGGAUACUCUCUUCAAGAGGUUUUGGGCCUUGGAAGAGGUAACUUCUGCGGAAGCGAAGUCCACCUCUGACCAGGUAAACCUAUGCGAGGAGCACUUCCUCCAGCACACCAAGAUAGGGGCAGAUGGCAAAUAUAUUGUGCGCCUCCCUUUCAACGACAAGCCCAUUCAACUGGGUGAUUCCUACGAGCAAGCAAGAAGACGCUUGUUCUCGCUAGAAAGGAAACUCACGCGAACUCCGGAAGUAUACGAGCAAUACAGAGAGUUCCUGAAAGAGUAUCUGACAUUAAAUCAUAUGGAAGUUGUAGAACCAAAGGAUUAUCAAAAAAUCCGCUACUUCAUACCCCACUCAUGUGUCAUCAAGCCAGAUUCUUCAUCAACCAAGCUUCGCGUGGUAUUUGAUGCAAGCGCUAAGGCAUCAAAUGGACAUUCCUUGAAUGACAUGCUGCGUAGUGGACCAGCGAUCCAAACGGAGCAAUUCGAUUUGCUCCUGGACUUUCGCUGCCAUGACAAGGUGCUAAUGGCCGACAUCGCGAAGAUGUAUCGGCAAGUCCAUGUCCACGAAACGGACUCGUGGUACCAGUGCAUCGCCUGGAGGGAUAAUCCUUCGGAAGCGAUUCAGGCUUAUCGCCUCAAAAACAGUGACUUAUGGCGAGGCGGCAUCCUCAUUCCUAGCAUGUCGCGCUCUACACCAAGUCGGAGAAGAAAUCCGAUCGCAUCAGCCGAGCAUUGCUGA